AUACAAGCUAUAAGUAAUUGUAGUUAGCUGUUUCCAUUUCUAUUUCCAUUGAGUAGGACUCCUUUGCCUGUAAGCUCACUGUUGCCAUUUUUACGGCCUACAUUCGUUAGUAUCAAAAACCAACAUUAUGCCUCGCCUAUUAUCUAGCCUUCUCCUUGCUUUGCUUGGAUCCGUGACCAGCACGAUAGCAUGUACAAUUCCUACCACGCCGCCAGGAAACACCAUCCUUGACAAGUUCAGCAUUGUUGUUCAGAACCCGAGCAUUCCCACAGUGCACAACAAGGUUAUGAGAUUCAGGGCUAAUGGCGACGACGAGCAUUUGGUGCUGCCCCCUAUAGGCGUUGCGACCAACGACGUGCUGUAUCUUCAAGACGGCCGUCUCAUUUACAAUGCGAUUCAUGCUGUAAUCGAUCUAGAGUACAACGACCAAGAUGAUACAACUAAGAUGUUCAUGACUGCACGGGAAUACCACCCAUCAGCGGUUUUCAAGGGAGAGUAUGCUUGCGAUCCAGACACGGAUGAGCUGCAGAUCCAGCUGAAACUGGUUUCUCGCCUUACUGAUCCGCCUGUGCUUGGUGGGCAGAUCGGCAUACGGGACGCGGUUGGGACAUUGGAAUUCCGAUACUCGCCCCCUGGAAACACCAAGAUCAACAAUGAAUUUCUGCCCGUUGAGAUGGUGAUUUUCCGUAACAGCAUAAGCCCUACUAGUACCGCUAAGCCUAGCACCUCUACGGCUGCCCCUCUAAGUUCGACUGUGAUUCUAACAACUACUGCUGAACCGCCAACAACCACCGCGGCACUACCAACCAGCACCAGCGUUCCUACGACCCCAACCAGCCCAGUAAAGGUUGGUGACUACGACUUUCUGUACUGCUGGGCUGAGCCAGCUGCUGGUCGGGCAUUUGCUGCUAAAUCCACUGCCGCGGACGACAUGACCCUCGCGAAAUGUGCGGCCUUCUGCACCGCCUACCCAUACUUCGGCACCGAGUGGAGCAAAGAGUGUUGGUGCGGCAACGAUCCAGCAACGGGAUCUGAUUUUGCUCCAUUAGGAGAGUGCGACUACCCCUGCGCUGGGGACGCAUCACAAUUAUGCGGUGGCUCGCGCCGUCUGUCGCUCUACUACAAUUCAGCCCUAACCGGUCCCCAGCAACCUAAGACCGUUGGCAACUAUGAGUUUCAAGGCUGCGUCACUGAUAGUCAUGGACAGCGUACGUUGACGCAGGAUAUGCUCGGGAGCGAUUACAUGACGCUAGAGACGUGCGCUACUUUCUGUGGUGGCUACACGUACUUUGGGACUGAGUGGAGUACUGAGUGUUGGUGUGGGAAUACUCUUACUACAGGCGCUACAAUUGUUUAUGCUGGCCAGUGCAGCAUGACUUGCAGCGGCAAUAGCGACCAGUUGUGCGGGAAUGGAGAUAGAUUGAGUGUUUACAAGGUGAAAGCUUAGGGUGUGCGUGGUUGAAGCACAGCUCAGUAGCUACUCAGGUUAAACAGCAAUAUCUCGGGUCCAAAGAUAGAAUUAGAUAUUGAUCGUGCCUUUAUUUCCGGUGCCGACUAUCCUACUACCAUUGGAAACGUUGAUAGUUCACUAUUCAAUUUCUAUAUAGUUGGCACAAAAAGUUUAUAAAGCG